UUUUCUUCUCCUCUUUCCUUCAUUUUGGUGUGGGUGGGAAAUUCACCUUCGAGAACCCAAAAAAAUUCGUUUUUUGAUUUUCAGUAGCUGUUCAUCUCCUCUUUCACUCUCUCUCUCGCAGCUCAAAACCCCCCAUCACUAAUUAUCUUCUUUUGAUUUUGCCUCUGGAAAUUUCCCUGCAAAAUCUGUUCUAGGGUUUUCGUUUUGCUGUCAAUUUGCGCGGUUUUUGUAUUUGGGAUCGCAAGCUUGUUGAAGCUGCUUCAAAGCUCCAGCGAAUUCAAGCUGCAAUUCGGAAACCGAAAUUUUCAGUCAGGGAAAGAGCUAUGGAUGCUGAUUCGUGGACUGCUCGCCUUUCUUCUGCUUCUAAGCGAUACCAAUCUGCUCUUCUAUCACGAUCUGGUUUAGGUAUGUUCACGGGGUUUGAAGAACUUGAAGGGGAUGAUGAUAUAAGGGAGGAGUUCCCGUGCCCGUUCUGCUCAGAAUAUUUUGAUAUAGUUGGAUUGUGCUGUCACAUUGAUGAAGAGCAUCCUAUCGAGGCAAGGAAUGGGGUGUGUCCAGUCUGUGAAAUGAGGGUGGGAGUUGACAUGGUUGCGCAUAUAUCCCUGCAGCAUGGAAACAUUUUCAAGAUGCAGCGGAAGAGAAAAUCUCGUAAAGGUGGUUCACACUCAACGCUCUCUUUGUUGAGGAAAGAGCUUCAAGAAGGAAAUUUGCAAUCUCUUUUUGGGGGUUCUUCAUGUUUAAUUACCUCUUCCAACGCAGCGCCUGAUCCACUUCUGUCAUCGUUUAUUCUACCGUUGUCUGAUGACUAUGGCAGUGUUCAACCUCACUUGUCGGCUGAGUCAAGCUCCGCAAAGAGUAAUUCACAAGAGAAAUUAUCAGAACGAAUCGUCCCGCCAUCACCCCUGUCCAUGCAGGAUAAGGAAGAGAAAGCAAAACGAUGCGCGUUCGUACAGGGGCUGUUAAUGUCCACCAUCCUUGAUGAUAAUUUAUGAAGAGUGGUUGAAAAACAUCAAAGUUGGCUGCUGCUAUAGUGGAUGUAAAAUUCACAACAGGCCCCUUGGUUUACUUGUAGCUCUCAAAAAUACUAGUAUGCUUCAAUGAGAGUGCCAAAAUAAGGUGUAGUGUAAUUUAUGUUGUUUGUAAAACACCAAUUCUUAGGCCUGACUAAGACUUCCAUUUUCACUCUUUAAAUUUAUUAUGGUCAUGCUUAAGUAAAA